AUGGUUGAGUUAGUCGAAGUCGAAGAUGAGUCUUUCGAGACCAAGCAAGCCGGACCUUCUGACAAUGAGGACGAACAAUACACAGACACUGAUUCUGAGAUAUCGAGUGACGAAGACGAAGAUAUAUCAGAAGAUGAAACCCUCGCUGAUCGAUUAUAUGCCCUGCGAGAUAUUAUACCUCCUACUGCCAGAUCAUUUAUCUCCAAUAAAUUCGAAACAACUACAAAUUGGAUCAAGUCGGGUUUCAUGCUAGGCGGCAAAACCAUAUGGGUUGUGAGUACGAGUGUAUUACUGUUAGGUGUCCCAUGGGCGCUAGCUUUCGCAGAAGAGCAACAAAUGAUGGAAAUGGAAAAAGAGAUGAAAAUGAGAGAGAUGGGAAAUGAGCUACUAUCCGCAGGUUCCGUCAUACCUACGGAAAAAUCCCAGUUGGGUGGUUCAGAAGUAAAGCCAGCAUUGUAA